GGAACGUUUUAUUAGGGGGUUGUUUUAUUCCGGAGUAUAUUUUGGUUGCACGUGCGCAGGGAAGCAACUUUGGGAAGCGCUUUAAUAGUACAGGAGGAAAAUUAUAUCGGCAUUUGUUUUUGUAUUUUGAUAACAUGGACGAUCAAGAAAUGCAUUUGAAAGUAAAAAGAGUGACUGAUAAAUUCACAGAGAGUAUGUUUGUGUUGGCCAAUGAACCGUCUAUAGCGCUGUAUAGAUUACAAGAGCACGUCAGGAGGUCCUUACCAGAGCUGGUGCAACACAAGACAGACAUGCAGAGUUGGGAGGAACAAAGCCAGGGAGCAAUAUACACUGUUGAAUAUGCAUGCAGUGCCGUUAAAAGUAUGUCAAAUAGUAGCCUGUAUUUCAAGAACAUAGACGGGCUGCUCCGGCAAGCAAUCUCACUGAAGGAACAGAUCAGCAACUCACAGGGACGCAGUGGUGUGAAACCUACAAUUAAUCAAAAUGAGACAUCCACACAUGCUUCAGUCACUCCACCUUGACUCAUGGAAAUCUUUCUUCAAGGAAAAAAACUUUGGAUCCCGGCAUGGUUAAGGAUGGAGGAGAAAAGCACAGCUCUGGAAUAUAAACUUAUGUACUAAGUUGCCCAAUGGAGGAAAUUUAGGCCUGGAUAAAACCGUAUACCAUCUCCAAAGAGUGUACCCUUGACAUAUUGAUUUAUAUGUUCAUAUAUGAUAUAUUUCAUAUUGAUGAUGACUCUAAGGCCAGAAACAUACAUUACGUAAGUACGUAUAUGCAGAUGCGAACAUUUGGCCUGCGCGUUCUUGCGUGUGUUCUUGUGCAUUCUUGCGUAACUUUGGCACUAAAGAAACCUCCGUAUUCAAGGGGGCGCUAAAACUGGAUGUGUUAUUAUUCAGGUAAGUUGCUUUAAAUGUAUUGACUUUACCUUACCUGCUCAUUAAUAUUGUCUACAAACUGUUGCUCCAUUAUUUAGUUGAAAUCUCGCCAUUGAAGCAGACACUUCACGCUAAUGUCCACUAUAGCGCCCCUUGUGGCAAAGUUGGGAAUGCAACGCAUACUUGCGUUGGUUAUGAAUUGCCGUCUGACACAAUUUGGCAACAGUGCACGAAAUCGAGCUUCCGUAAAUAGAAGCGUCUGCGUUCACUUGUGUACAGUAUGUUUUGGCCUUAAGAAACUUUUUUUACAACGUUUCCCAUUUAGGCAUAAAGGAUAUAAAGCAACUUUGAAAUACAAGGUUACAGCUUUUGGUUAGACUUUAUGCACGCAAAAUAAAUAAUGGGCAGUCGUUCUACAUUUGAUGUAAUGAAGACAGUGGAAUAAAACUUGUAGCUAUGUUCUGUAAAUUUGUAUAUUCUGAAUAUAAUCAUUAAACUUUUUAAUGAAAAUAUAAA